AUGGCGCCCGCUGCCUGUAGCUCGGGACCAAUGGUGGGCCCAGGAGAAAUGCCUAGCAUGGCUCUGGUUCCCAGCAGCCUCUUCGCCCCAGAUUCUUUUCUUCUGUCUCAUGAACAGGACCCUCUGGGGCAGCCCGACUCCCCUCCCCUCUGCUUCUUACUCCCACCCAGCCUCCUCUUCAGUUCACCAACUCUUCUGCGGGCAGGGCUUCUUGGCAACAGAAGGGCUGGGGGCAGUGGCUGUCAUUCCCCAUCUGUGGGCAGGCGGUGGUGCGAGCGGACAGAAACCUUCCUGGUGGAGGAGGAAGUGACCCCCCGCCAGGAGGGCCUGGUGCCUUGCACCAGCCUCUACCAUUACCAGCGCCUGGGCUGGCGACUCGACCUGUCCCGGAGCGGACCUGCAGGGCUCUGUCCCAUCUACAAGCCCCCAGAAACCCGGCCUGCUGCAAGGAACCGGACAGUGACGGCUUGCUGCCCAGGCUGGGGGGGCACACACUGCACUCUGGCCCUUGCAGAAGCCAGCCCUGGGGGCCACUGCUUUGCCACGCAGCAGUGCCAGCUGCAGGCAGGCUCAGCUAAUGCAUCUGCGGGAAGCCUGGAGGAGUGCUGUGCUUGGCCUUGGGGACACAGCUGGCGGGAUGGCAGCUCCCAGGCCUGCCUCAGCUGCCCUGGCCGACACCUCCCAGGCAGCGCUCCCUCUCCAGCCUCCCUGCAGCCCCUGGUGGGGGCCGUGGCCCAGUUCUGGAGCCAGCGCCAGCAGCCUGCGGCCACCUGCACCACCUGGUCAGGCUUCCACUACCGAACCUUUGACGGGCGUCACUACCACUUCCUGGGCCGCUGCACUUACCUGCUGGCGGGCGCUGCUGAUUCCACCUGGGCUGUCCACCUCACGCCCAGGGGGCAUUGCCCCCAACCUGGGCACUGUCAGCUGGCCCGGGUAAUGAUGGGACCCGAGGAGGUGCUGAUCCAGGGUAAAAAUGUCUCUGUGAAUGGGCAGCUGAUACCUGAUGGGGAGUCUCGGCUGCUCCAGGGGCUGAGCCUGCAAUGGCAAGGGGACUGGCUGGUGUUGUCGGGGGGCCUGGGGGUCGUUGUGCAGCUGGACAGGUCCGGUUCAGUCUCCGUUUCUGUGGACUACGAGCUCCAGGGACAAACUCAAGGUCUCUGUGGGGUCUACAGUGGCCGGCCUGAGGAUGACUUCCUGGAGCCAGGAGGGAGACUGGCUGUGUUAGCUGCCACCUUUGGGAAUUCCUGGAGGCUCCCUGAUUCAGAGCCUGGGUGUCUGGAUGCAGUGGAAGUGGCCCAGGGCUGUGAGGACCCUGUGAGAGGCACAGAGGCAGGCAUGGAGGCUGGCCAGCUGGAAGCUGAAGCCCAGGAUGUGUGCCACCAGCUGCUGGAGAGUCCAUUCGGGGAGUGCCAUGCUCAGGUCCCCCCUGCUGAGUACCACCAGACCUGCCUCUUUGCCUACUGUUCUGGGGCCCCAGCAGGCAGUGGGCGCGAGAGCCGGCGGGAGGCCGUGUGCACCACUUUGGCCAACUAUGCCCAAGAGUGUGCCAAGCACCAUAUCCACGUGGGCUGGAGGAAGCCAGGCUUCUGCGAGCGCCUGUGCCCUGGGGGCCAGCUGUAUUCUGACUGCGCCUCGGCCUGCCCGCCCAGCUGCUCGGCAGUGGACGAGGGAGGGGAGGGGUCCUGCCAGGAAGCGUGCGUGAGCGGCUGCGAGUGCCCGCCUGGCCUCUUCUGGGACGGCGCCCUCUGUGUCCCUGCGGCCCGCUGCCCCUGCUACUACCGGCGCCAGCGCUACGCCCCUGGGGACACAGUGCGCCAGCUCUGCAACCCGUGCGUGUGCCAGGACGGCCGCUGGCUCUGCGCGCAGGCGCAGUGCCCCGCCGAGUGUGCGGUGGGCGGGGACGGGCAUUACGUCACCUUCGAUGGGCGGAGCUUCUCCUUCCGCGGCAGCCCAGGUUGCCGCUCCAGCCUGGUGCAGGACUUCUCCAAGGGGCAGCUGCUGAUUGUGCUGGAGCAUGGGGCCUGUGACGCUGGAAGCUGCCUCCACGCCAUCUCUGUCUCCCUGGGGGACACCCACAUCCAGCUCAGAGACUCAGGGGCCGUCCUGGUGGAUGGGCAGGAUGUGGGCUUGCCAUGGAGUGGGCCUAAGGGCCUCAGUGUCUCCCGAGCCUCCUCCACCUUCCUACUGCUGCGCUGGCCCGGGGCCCAGGUCCUCUGGGGAGUGUCUGACCCUGCAGCUUACAUCACUCUGGACCCGCGCCAUGCCCACCAGGUGCAGGGUCUGUGCGGCACCUUCACCUGGAACCAGCAGGAUGACUUCCUGACACCCGCUGGCGAUGUGGAGACCAGCGUCGCAGCCUUUGCUAGCAAGUUCCAGGUGGCAGGCGAGGGAAGGUGCCCCUCAGAAGACAGCGCCCCACUUUCCCCCUGUAGCACCCACUCUCAGCGCCAUGUUUUUGCCGAGGCAGCUUGUGCCGUCCUGCAUGGCCCAACUUUCCAGGAGUGCCAAGGGCUGGUGGACAGGGAAAUGUUCCACCUGCGCUGCUUGGCAGCCGUGUGUGGCUGUGCUCCUGGCAAGGACUGCCUGUGUCCUGUGCUUGCUGCCUUUGCUCGUCGCUGUGCCCGGGAGGGUGUCCCGUCUCUCUGGAGGACCCAGACACUCUGCCCUGUCCUGUGUCCCGGGGGCCAGGAGUACCAGGAGUGUGCCCCGGCGUGUGGUCAAAACUGUGGGGAGCCAGAAGACUGUGGGGAGCUGGGCAGCUGUGUGGCUGGGUGUAAUUGCCCCCCAGGGCUGCUAUGGGACCCCGAAGGCGAGUGCGUGCCCCCCAACUUGUGCUCCUGCCAGCUUGGAACUCAACGCUAUGCUCCCGGCAGUGCCACCAUGAGGGACUGCAACCACUGUGUCUGCCAGGAGAGGGGCCUCUGGAAUUGCACUGCUCACCGCUGUGGCCCCCAGCGGACCUUCUGCCCCCGUGAGCUUGUCUAUGUCCCUGGUGCCUGCCUCCUUACCUGUGACAACCUGCAUGCCAACCAUUCCUGCCCCCCGGACAGCACAGGGAGCUGUGUCUGUCCCCCAGGCACCGUGCUGCUGAACGAACGCUGUGUGCCUCCUGAGCUCUGUCCCUGCCGUCACGGCGGGCAGUGGUACCCGCCCAAUGCCACCAUCCAGGAGGAUUGCAACAUCUGUGUGUGCCAGGGUCGGCAGUGGCACUGCACGAGCCGCCAGUGCCGUGGAUGGUGCCAGGCAUCGGGUGCCCCCCACUAUGUGACAUUCGACGGGCUGGCUUUCACCUUCCCUGGAGCCUGUGAAUAUUUGCUGGUGCGAGAGGCCAGCGGCCAGUUCACAGUCUCAGCCCAGAACCUGCCCUGUGGGGCCAGUGGCCUCACCUGCACCAAGGCGCUGACCGUGCAACUACAGAGCACCAUUGUGCACAUGCUCAGAGGCCGAGCAGUGAUGGUGAAUGGGGCGAGCAUAACACUCCCCAAGGUCUACACGGGCCCUGGGCUGAGCCUGCGUCGUGCUGGUCUCUUCCUGCUACUCACAACCCGCCUGGGCUUCAGCCUGUUCUGGGAUGGAGGCACCCGGGUCCUGGUGCAGCUGUCCCCGCACUUCCGGGGCCGUGUGUCUGGUCUGUGCGGGGACUUUGAUGGAGAUGCCAGUAAUGACCUGCGGAGCCGCCAGGGGGUCCUGGAACCCACAGCUGAGCUGGCUGCCCACUCCUGGCACCUGAAUCCUCUCUGCCCUGAGCCGGGAGAGCUGCCACACCCCUGCACUGUGAACGCCCACCGGGCCAGCUGGGCCCACGCCCGCUGCGGGGUGAUGCUGCAGUCACUCUUUGCCCGGUGCCAUGCAGAGGUGCCCCCACAGCAGCACUACGAGCGGUGUGUGCAUGAUGCCUGCGGCUGUGAUUCGGGGGGUGACUGUGAGUGUCUCUGCUCGGCCAUUGCCACGUAUGCAGAUGAGUGUGCCCGGCAUGGGCUCUUUGUGCGCUGGCGCAGCCAGGAGCUCUGCCCUCUGCAGUGUGAAGGGGGCCAGGUGUAUGAGGCCUGUGGCCCCAUAUGCCCCCCCACCUGCCAUGACCAUGGUCCUGAACCUGGGUGGCACUGCCAGGCUGUCGCCUGCGUGGAGGGCUGCUUCUGCCCCGAGGGGACUCUGUUCCAUGGAGGAGUCUGCCUAGAACCAGCUUCCUGCCCCUGUGAGUCAGGGGGCAGCUUUUUCCCCCCGGGGACUGUGCUGCAGAAGGACUGUGGGAACUGCACAUGCCAGGAAAGUCAGUGGCUUUGCGGGAGUGGCAGGACCCGCUGUGAGGAGCCGGUGCCCGGCUGUGUGGAGGGAGAGGCCCUGUGCCAGGAGAGUGGGCACUGUGUGCCCCACGGGUGGCUUUGUGACAACCAGGAUGACUGUGGCGAUGGCUCGGACGAGGAGGGCUGUGCCACCCCAGGCUGUGGGGAGGGGCAGAUGUCUUGCAGCUCCGGCCGCUGCCUGCCCCUGGCCCUGCUCUGUGACGGGCGGGACGACUGUGGAGAUGGGACGGAUGAGCAGGGCUGCCCGUGCCCCCACGACUCGCUGGCCUGUGCUGAUGGGCGCUGCCUGCCCCCCGCCCUGCUCUGUGACGGACAUCCCGACUGUCCCGACGCUGCCGAUGAGGAGGCCUGUCUGGGGCAGCUGAAUUGCACUCCUGGGGAGGUGUCCUGUGUCGAUGGCACCUGCGUGGGGGCCAUCCUGCUGUGUGACGGAACCUGGGACUGCCCAGAUGGAGCCGAUGAGGGACCCGGGCACUGCCCCUUCCUUUCGCUGCCCACUCCCCCGGCUGGCACUUUGCCGGGCCCCUCCGCUGGCUCUGGGGAGACUGCACCAACUCCCCUGGCCAGUGCCAGCCCUGCGCCCCCCUGCGGCCCCCUCGAGUUUCCGUGCGGCAGCGGCGAGUGCGCCCCGCGGGGCUGGCGCUGCGACCGCGAGGAGGACUGCGCCGACGGCAGCGACGAGCGCGGCUGCGGCUGGUCCUGCGCGCCGCACCACGCGCCCUGCGCCCGCGGCCCGCACUGCGUGUCCCCCGCGCAGCUGUGCGACGGUGUGCCGCACUGCCCCGACGGCUCGGACGAGAGCCCAGAGGCCUGCGAGGGGAUGACCGCCCCAGGAGGCCCCAACGGGACAAAGGUUCCCUGCCCGGAAUACUCCUGCCCUGAUGGCCUGUGCAUCAGUUUCCAGCUGGUGUGUGACGGGCAGCCUGACUGUGAAUUGGCAGGGAUGGCAGGGCCUUCCCCAGAAGAGCAGGGCUGUGGGGCGUGGAGCCCCUGGGACCCGUGGGGGCCAUGCAGCAGGACAUGUGGGCCUGGGGUGCAGGCCCGGAGCCGCCGCUGCUCCCCACCUAGUCUCCCGGUGCUGCAGCACUGCCCAGGCCCUGAGCACCAGACUCAGGCCUGCUUCAUGGCCGCCUGCCCCGUGGAUGGUGAAUGGACCUCUUGGUCUCCCUGGUCCCCGUGCUCUGAGCCAUGCACGGGCACCAUGACCCGGCAGCGGCAGUGUCACCCACCCCAGAAUGGGGGCCGGACCUGCACCAUGCUGCCCGGGGGCUCUCACUCCACCCACGAGACCAGGCCCUGCCCUCGGGACGGCUGCCUCAAUGCCACCUGCUCCGGGCAGCUGGUGUUCUGGCCCUGUGCUCCCUGUCCUCUGACUUGCGAUGAAGUCUCUGGUCGGGCUGUGUGCUCGGCUGACCAGCCCUGCAGCAGCCCAGGCUGCUGGUGCCCUGCCGGACAGGUGCUGGGCAGUGAGGGGCAGUGUGUAUGGCCCCGGCAGUGCCCCUGCCUGGUGGAUGGCACCCGCUACUGGCCUGGGCAGCGCAUCAAAGCCAGCUGCCAGCUGUGCAUCUGCCAGGAUGGGCGGCCCCAACGCUGUCGGCCCGAUCCAGAUUGUGCUGUGAACUGUGGCUGGUCAUCCUGGUCCCCCUGGGCUGAGUGCCUGGGCCCCUGCGGGAGCCAGAGCAUCCAGUGGUCCUUCCGGAGCCCCAACAACCCCCCCCUCUCGGGCCAAGGUCGCCAGUGCCGGGGCAUCCACCGCAAGGCCCGCAGGUGCCGGACGGAGCCGUGUGAGGGCUGUGAGCAGCGGGGCCGGGUCCGCAGCGUAGGGGAGCGCUGGCGAGAGGGCCCCUGCGGAGUCUGCCAGUGUCUGCACAACAGCACCGCGCGCUGCUCCCCCUACUGCCCACUGGGUGGCUGCCCCCAGGACUGGGUCCUGGUGGAGGGAAUGGGAGACUCGUGUUGCCACUGUGCCCUCCCUGGUGAGAACCAGACGAUCCUCGCCAUGGCCACUCCUGCCCCUUCUCCAGCCUUCAGUCCCCAGAUCGGACCCCGUCUGGUCACCUACGUUCUGCCUCCACCUGGAGACCCCUGCUAUUCUCUGCUGGGCCUGGCCGGACUUCCCAAGGAAAACCUGCAGCUGGAGCUCCCCACCGAGGCUGCCCUCUUGGGGGCUCCCACCAGGGGGCCUGGCUAUCGGGGCGGGAGCACAAUCGAGAACACUCGCACUCAGCGGCACACUCUGCCCCCCUACCUGCAGCUGGACCUGAUGCUGCCCAGGAACCUCACUGGCAUCAUAGUGCAGGAGACUGGGUCCUUGGCCUUGCUGCAGUUCAGCACUGAUGGUCUACACUGGCACAACUAUAGUGACAUCCUGCCUGGCAUCCUGCCCCCAGCCAAGCUUUUCCUUAAGAACCUGGAUGAAGUGGCCCCCACAGUGUGGAUGUUUGGCCAGAUGGUGCAGACUCAGCAUGUCCGGGUGUGGCCCCGUGUCCCCCACAGUGACACCAACCACAGCACCUCCCCGUGGGUGGAGCUGCUGGGCUGUGAGCCAGCGUCCCCGCUGGUGGCGCCCCUGUGCCCAGGGGCUGGGCACCGCUGUGCCAGCGGUGAGUGUGCCCCAAGGGGAGGCCCGUGUGAUGGCGUGAAGGACUGUGAAGAUGGCUCUGAUGAAGAGGGCUGUGUGCCCCUGCCCGCGGGCACUGGCAGGUAUGGGUGCCCAGCUCAGCCUUGGAGGGGUCAGCCACGGGAGAGAUGUCCUGCACUAUUUCCCUGGCCUUGCCUGACCCCUCUCCCUCUGCAGGGUCUGGCAGAUGCAGAACACUGGCGUCCCUGGCGAGGGUCAUCUGUACCCCCCACAGGGAAGGGGCCAGUGACCCAGGUCCCAGACUCCGAGGCUCCUCGCUUGAGUCCUCGGGAAUCUGUGCAGACCAUGACCACCCCUCCCACCUCCCAGCCUGAGGCCAAGGCCCUGAGACCAGGAACGACAGCCAUGACAGAGCUCCCCCUGCACCCCAUGAGUCCAGUGGCCCCUGCUGGCCAGAGUGUCGCCCCGCCGCCCUUCCCACCUGUGCAGUGUAGCCCAGGCCAGGUGCCCUGUGAGGUGCUGGGCUGCGUGGAGCGGGAGCAGCUGUGUGAUGGGAGGGAGGACUGUCUGGACGGCUCCGAUGAGAGGCGCUGUGCGAGUGCCGCGCCCUUCCCGGUGCCCGCCACGGCCCUGCCUGGGCUGCCGGCCUCGAAAGCCCUCUGCUCCCCAAGCCAGCUGAGCUGCGAUAGCGGUGAGUGCCUGCCGGCCGAGCGACGCUGUGACCUGCGGCCUGACUGCCAGGACGGCUCUGACGAGGACGGCUGUGUGGACUGUGGGCUGGCGCCCUGGUCUGGCUGGAGCAGCUGCAGCCGCAGCUGUGGGCUGGGCCUCGCCUUCCAGCGCCGGGACCUGCUGCGGCCUCCCCUGCCUGGGGGCACCUGCCCGUCCGAUAGGCUCCGCAGCCAGCCCUGCUUCGUGCAGGCCUGCCCAGUGGCUGGGGUGUGGGCUGUGUGGGAGGCCUGGGGGCCCUGCAGCGUCUCCUGUGGGGGUGGCCACCGAAGUCGGAGGAGGAGCUGCGUGGAUCCUCCGCCCAAGAAUGGUGGUGCUCCCUGCCCUGGGGCCUCCCAAGAGCGGGCACCCUGCGGCUUGCAGCCCUGCACGGGUGACACAGACUGUGGGCUGGGCCGUGUUCACAUCAGUGCUGAGCUGUGCCAGAAGGGGCUGGUGCCACCAUGUCCACCGUCCUGCUUGGAUCCUGAGGCCAACAGAACCUGCAGUGGACGCUGUCUGGAAGGAUGCCGCUGCCCCCCUGGGCUUCUCCUCCAUGAUGGCCGCUGCCUGCCCCUCUCUGAGUGCCCUUGCCUGGUGGGCGAAGAGUUGAAGCAGCCGGGGGUGCCCUUCCUCCUGGACAACUGCAGCCGCUGUGUGUGCGAGAAAGGGGCCCUGGUGUGCGAGCCCGGGGGCUGCCCUGUGUCCUGUGGCUGGUCAGCUUGGUCCUCCUGGGGUCCCUGUGACCGCUCCUGUGGCUCUGGAGUGCGAACUCGGUUCAGGUCCCCUUCCAACCCUCCGGCUGCUUCUGGGGGUGCCCCGUGUGAAGGCAACAGGCAGGAGCUGCAGGCCUGCCACGUGGAAUGCGGGACAGAGACGCUGGGCUGGACGCUCUGGGAGCCCUGGUCCUCCUGCUCCAGGAGCUGCCUUACCCUUGGAGGAGACCCUGGGUGGCGCAGUCGUUCCCGGCUCUGCCCCAGCCCCGGGGACACCUCCUGCCCAGGAGAGGCCACCCAGGAGGAGCCCUGCAGCCCCCCUGUGUGCCCAGCGCAAAGCAUCUGGGGUCUGUGGGCUCCCUGGUCCACCUGCUCAGCCCCCUGUGAUGGGGGCAUCCAGAUUCGUGGGCGCAACUGCUCCGGCUCCACCCCUGGGGAGCCCGAGUGCCAGGGACCUCACAGCCAGACCAGGGACUGCAACACGCAGCCCUGCACAGCCCAGUGCCCAGGGGACAUGGUGUUCCGUUCGGCGGAGCAGUGCCGCCAGGACGGGGGCCCCUGCCCUCAGCUGUGCCUGGCUCAGGACCCUGGGGUGGAGUGUACCAGCUUCUGUGCCCCCGGCUGCGCCUGCCCCCCUGGCCUUUUCCUGCACAAUGCCAGCUGCUUGCCCCGCAGUCGGUGCCCCUGCCAGCUGCACGGGCAGCUCUAUGCACCGGGAGCAGUGGCUCGGCUGGACUCCUGCAAUAACUGCACCUGUAUCUCCGGUGAGAUGGUGUGCACCUCAGAGCCCUGCCCAGUGGCCUGUGGUUGGAGCCCCUGGACCCCCUGGAGUCUCUGCAGCCACAGCUGCAACGUGGGCAUUUGGCGGCGCUUCCGGGCGGGCACCGCACCCCCAGCUGCCUUCGGGGGUGCUGCGUGCCAGGGCCCCAAUAUGGAGGCCGAAUUCUGCAGCCUGCGGCCGUGUCGGGGUCCUCGUGGGGAGUGGGGCCCCUGGUCUCCGUGCUCCGUGCCCUGCGGCGGUGGCUACCGGAACCGCACCCGAGGCAGUGGCCCGCACAGCCUUGUGGACUUCUCCACCUGUGGUCUGCAGCCCUGUGCAGGGCCGGUGCCUGGCGUGUGUCCCGGGGGCCAGCGGUGGCUGGACUGUGCCCAGGGCCCUGCCUCGUGUGCAGAGCUCAGUGUCCUGCAAGGGGCUGACCAGACCUGCCACCCUGGCUGUUACUGUCCACCUGGGACGUUCCUGCUGAACAACGUGUGUGUGCCCUCCCAGGACUGCCCCUGUGCCCAUGGGGGGCGCCUUUAUCCCCCGGGCAGCGUGGUGCUUCGUCCGUGUGAGAACUGCUCCUGUGUUUCUGGGCUCAUCACCAACUGCACCUCCUGGCCCUGUGAGGAGGGUCAGCCCGCGUGGUCCCCCUGGACCCCGUGGAGUGAGUGCUCGGCCUCCUGUGGCCCUGCCCGACGCCAUCGGCACCGUUUCUGCACCAGGCCCCCCACCGCGGAACCAUCCAUCCUGGGGCUGCCGUCCCCACUGACCUUGCCUACACCUCUUUGCCCAGGCUCCGAUGCUGAGGAAGAGCCCUGCCUCCUGGCAGCAUGUGACCGUGAGUCCUGCGGUGCCAGGAUGGUGCCCUCCAUGCCCUGUGGAUACCUGCUGCCUUGCGCCAGCUGGCCCCCAGCCUUGGCCGGCCCCUCCCCCAGCUGCCCUUUUGCUGUCAUCCCAGGAGCUGGGGGCUGGGGUCCUUGGGGGCCCUGGUCCAGCUGUAGCCGGAGCUGUGGGGGGGGCCUGCGGAGCCGGAUGCGAGCCUGUGACCAGCCCCCACCCCAGGGCCUGGGGGAUUACUGCGAGGGGCCUCGGGCCCAGGGAGAGGCUUGCCAGGCCCUGCCAUGCCCAGUGACCAACUGCACCACCAUUCAAGGGGCUGAGUACAGCCCCUGUGGCCCUCCCUGUCCUCGCUCCUGUGACGAUCUCGUGCACUGCGUGUGGCACUGCCAGCCCGGCUGUUACUGCCCUCCAGGCCAGGUGCUGAGUGCCGACGGGGACUUCUGCGUGCAGCCCAGCCACUGUGGCUGCCUGGACCUGCUGAGCGGGGAGCGGCACCGCCCAGGAGCUCGGCUGCUGAGGCCUGAUGGCUGCAACUACUGCACCUGUUCAGAGGGGAGGCUGAGCUGCACAGACCUGCCUUGCCCAGUGCAUGGUGGCUGGUGCCCAUGGUCGGAGUGGACGGCGUGCUCCCAGCCCUGCAGGGGCCAGACGAGGACCCGCUCCAGGGCAUGCGCUUGCCCCGCCCCUCAGCACGGGGGCACCCCGUGUCCCGGGGAAGCAGGGGAGGCAGGGGCCCAGCAUCAGAAGGAGACCUGCCCCAGCUCGCCCGAGUGCCCAGUGGACGGAGCCUGGAGCCCAUGGGGACUGUGGUCUUCCUGUGACGCGUGCCUGGGGCAGUCCCAUCGGAGCCGGGUGUGUAUCUGGCCCCCCACCCCUGAGGGAGGCAGGCCCUGCCCUGGGGGCCACAGGCAGAGUCGCCCCUGCCAGGACAAUUCCACAAAAUGCACAGAGUGUGGGGGUGGCCAGGGUCUUCUCCCCUGUGGGCGGCCCUGUCCCCGCUCCUGUCAGGACCUGUCUCCCGGGAGUGCGUGCCAGCCGGGCUCGACGGGCUGCCAGCCCAGCUGCGGGUGCCCCCCUGGCCGGCUGUUCCAGGACGGCCUCUGUGUGCCUCCUGCCCUCUGCCGCUGCCAGUACCAGCCUGGAGCCAUGGGGAUCCCCGAGAACCAGAGCCGGUCAGCAGGCUCUGGGCUCAGCUCCUGGGAGAGCCUGGAACCCGGAGAGAUGGUGACCGGGCCCUGUGACAACUGCACCUGUAUGGAGGGCGUCCUGCAGUGCCAGGAGGUGCCCGGCUGCCCUGGGCCUGGGGUGUGGGGCUCCUGGGGCCCCUGGGAGGACUGCAGUGUUUCUUGCGGGGGAGGGGAGCAGCUCCGCUCCCGGAGGUGCGCCCGGCCCCCCUGCCCUGGGCCUGCCCGCCAGAGCCGCACCUGCCGCACCCAGGUCUGCAGAGAGGCCGGCUGCCCGGCUGGACGUUUGUACCGGGAAUGCCGGCCCGGCGAGGGGUGUCCCUUCUCCUGUGCCCACGUCACUCGCCAGGUGGGGUGCUUCUCCACCGGCUGUGAAGAAGGCUGCCACUGCCCCGAAGGCACCUUCCAGCACCACCUGUCCUGUGUCCAGGAGUGCCCCUGUGUGCUGACCGCCUUGCUGCUGCAGGAGCUGGGGGCUGCCGGCACUGACCCGGGGGCUCACUCACCCAUUUUGGGAGAGGGCGGUCAGCCCCUUGGGCCUGGAGAUGAGCUGGGCUCAGGCCAGACCCUCCGUACAGGCUGUAGCAACUGCUCUUGUGUGCAUGGGAGGCUGUCUUGUUCAGUGGGCAACUGCUCUAAGGCCGCUGAUGGCUUCAGUCCCUGGGGGCCAUGGGGCCCGUGUUCCCGCUCCUGUGGUGGGCUGGGCACCCGCACCCGCAGCCGCCAGUGUGUGCAGGCCUCACUCGCCCCGGGCAGCCAGGGCUGCCGAGGGACCCGCCAGGAGCUCAAGUACUGCCCCAGCCCAGACUGCCCAGGUGAGGGAAGGUCCACGGUGGAGCCAGUGACCAGCCUUCCAGGCGGCUGGGGCCCAUGGUCUCCGUGGUCCCCGUGUUCUCGCACCUGCACAGACCCCGCUCACCCUGCUUGGCGUGGCCGCGCUCGCCUCUGCCUGGCAAACUGCACUGGGGGGGACACUUCACAGGAGCGCCCUUGCAACCUGCCCUCCUGCACAGAGCUGCCCCUGUGCCCCAGCCCUGGCUGCGUGGCCGGGAACUGUUCCUGGACGGCCUGGGCCCCGUGGGAACCUUGCUCCCGAAGCUGCGGGGUGGGCCAGCAGCGCCGGCUGCGGGCGUACCACCCCCCAGGGCCCGGCGGGCACUGGUGCCCUGACAUCCUCACUGCUUACCAGGAGCACCGCUUCUGCAACCUGCGGGCUUGUCCAGUGCCUGGAGGCUGGUCACGCUGGAGCCCCUGGUCCUGGUGUGACCGGAGCUGUGGGGGGGGCCGGUCCCUGAGGAGCCGCAGCUGCUCGAGCCCCCCGCCCAAGAACGGGGGUGCCCCCUGCGUGGGGGAGAGGCACCACGUGCGGCUCUGCAAUCCCGGGCCCUGUGAGCAGGGCUGCCCAGCGGGCAUGGAGAUGGUCAGCUGUGCCAACCGCUGCCCCCGCCGCUGCUCAGACCUCCAGGAGGGGGUCGUGUGUCAGGACGGCCAGGCCUGCCAGCCGGGCUGCCGCUGCUCCGAGGGCUUCCUGGAGCAGGACGGAGGCUGUGUGCCGAUCGGGCACUGCGAGUGUACGGAUGCCCAGGGCCACAGCUGGGCCCCAGGGAGCCAGCACCGGGAAGCCUGCCGCACCUGCACCUGCCGGGCCGGGCGGCUUUCCUGCACGGCUCAGCCCUGCCCACCGCCUGCCCACUGUGCCUGGAGCCGCUGGUCAGCCUGGAGUCCCUGCAGCCACUCGUGUGGGCCUGGAGGGCAGCAGAGCCGCUUCCGGUCCUCCACGCCUGGCUCAUGGGCUCCAGAGUGCCGGGAGGAGCAGUCCCAGAGCCGGCCCUGCCCUCAGCCCCCAUGCCCACCCCUGUGCCUGCACGGUGCCCGCCUCCACACCUUGGGGGACAGCUGGCUGCAGGGGGAGUGCCAGCAGUGCUCCUGCACCCCGGAGGGCAUCAUAUGUGAAGACAUCGAGUGUGCAGUACCCAGGGCUUGGACGCUGUGGUCCCCUUGGUCUGAAUGCCCCGUCUCCUGUGGAGGUGGAAACCAGGUUCGCACCCGGGACUGCGUGGCCUCGGCCCCUCACCGCAGCGGCGCCCCCUGCCUGGGCCCUGGUACCCAGACCCAGAGCUGUGGACGGCAGCCUUGCCUGGGGCUGCUGGACGCCUGCUCCUGGGGCCCCUGGGGGCCCUGUUCCCGCAGCUGCGGCCCCGGCCUGGCCUCCCGCUCUGGGUCCUGCCCCUGCCCGCUGGCCAGAGCCGACCCCACCUGCAACAGCACCUUCCUGCACCUGGACACCCGGGCCUGCUACCCGGGGCCCUGCCUGGAGGAGUGUGUGUGGAGCCGCUGGAGCAGCUGGACGCGAUGCUCCUGUCGGGUGCUGGUGCAGCAGCGCUAUCGGCACCAGGGACCAGCGCCCGGAGGGGCGGGGACGGAGGCGGGGCCCCCCUGCACACGACUGGACGGCCACUUCCGGCCUUGCCCCCUCGGCAACUGCUCUGAGGACAGUUGCACACCUCCCUUUGAGUUCCAGGCCUGUGGCUCCCCCUGUGCCGGGCUCUGUGCCACGCACCUGAGCCGUCGGCUCUGCCAGGACCUGCCACCCUGCCAGCCUGGCUGCUACUGCCCUGAGGGGCUGCUGGAGCAGGCUGGGGGCUGCAUUCCCCCAGAGCAGUGUAGCUGCCUACACAUCACAGGAGAAGGAGCCAGGGUGACUCUGGCUCCCGGGGACCGCCUGCAGCUGGGCUGCAAAGAGUGUGAAUGCCGGCAUGGGGAGCUGAAGUGCACCAGCCAGGGCUGUCAAGGUCUUCUGCCUCUGAGCGGGUGGUCCGAGUGGUCACCCUGUGGGCCUUGCCUGCCCCCUGGUGUGCUGGCCCCCGCCUCCAGGACUGCCCUAGAGGAGCACCGGUCUCAGCACCCAGCUGGCCUCUCCCCGACCUUGGCCCCCUUGCUGGCUUCGGAGCAGCACCGCCAUCGCCUCUGUUUGGACCCGGAGACUGGGAGGCCAUGGGCUGGGGACCCAGACCUGUGCAUUGCACCACUCAGCCAGCAACGCCUCUGCCCGGACCCUAGGGCCUGCCAUGACUUAUGCCAGUGGAGUCCUUGGGGGCCCUGGAGCCCCUGCCAGGUGUCGUGCAGUGGGGGCUUCCGGCUACGCUGGAGGGAGGCAGGGGGCCCCCCUGGAGGAGGCUGCUGGGGACCCUGGGCUCAGACUGAGAGCUGCAACGUGGAGCCCUGCCCAGGGGAGAGCUGUGAAGCCCAGGACACCGUGCCCACCCUUGACUGUGCCAACCAGUGCCCUAGAAGCUGUGUGGACCUCUGGGACCGCGUGCAGUGUCUGCAAGGACCAUGCCGUCCAGGCUGCCGCUGCCCCCCUGGCCAACUGGUACAGGAUGGACGCUGUGUGCCCAUCUCCUCCUGCCGCUGUGGCCUCCCCAGCCCCAAUGCCUCAUGGGUGGUGGCCCCAGCCGAGGUGGUACAGCUGGACUGCAAAAACUGCACCUGUACCAACGGGUCCCUGGUGUGCCCACGCCAUGAGUGCCCAGUCCUUGGGCCUUGGUCAGCCUGGAGCAGCUGCUCUGCUCCCUGUGGUGGGGGCAGCAUGGGGCGACGUAGGAGCUGUGAGGAGGGUCCUAUGGGGGCGCCAUGCCAGGCCCAGGACACAGAGCAGCGGCAGGAAUGUAACCCGCAGCCCUGCCCUGAGUGCCCGCCUGGCCAGGUGCCCAGUGCCUGUGCCGCUUCGUGCCCACGCCUCUGCUCGCAUCUGCAGCCUGGUGUCCUCUGUGUGCAGGAACCCUGCCGGCUCGGCUGUGGCUGCCCCGGAGAGCAGCUGCUCCACAAUGGCACGUGCGUGCCCCCUGCGGCGUGCCCCUGCACCCAGAUCUCUCUGCCCUGGGGCCUUACCUUGACUCUUGAAGAACAGGCCCGGGAGCUUCCCCCAGGAACUGUGCUCACCCAGAACUGCACACACUGUAUCUGCCAAGAUGGAGCCUUCAACUGCUCCCCAGCUGACUGUCGUGAGUGCCCCUCUGGGGAAAUGUGGCAGCAGGUGGCCCCUGGGGAGCCAGGGCCCUGCGAGCGGACGUGCCGGGAGCCCAAUGCCACGGAGACCCAGGGCAGCUGCGGUGCGGGGCAGUCCCCAGGCUGUGUGUGCCAGCACGGACACUUCCGUAGCCAGGCAGGCCCCUGCGUGCCCGCAGACCACUGCGAGUGCUGGCACCAUGGGCGUCCCCACCCGCCUGGAUCCGAAUGGCAGGAGGCCUGUGAGAGCUGCCGCUGCCUCCGUGGGAGGAGUGUCUGCACCCAGCACUGCCCCCUCCUCACCUGUGCCCAGGGCGAGGUGACCGUGCAGGAACCAGGGAGCUGCUGUCCCACUUGCCGCCGAGAGGCUCCGGAGGGGCAGGCAGCCUCCUGCCGGCAUCUCACGGAGCUGCGCAACAUCACCAAGGGCGCCUGCUACCUGGACCAGGUGGAAGUGAGCUACUGCAGUGGGCACUGCCCGUCCAGCAUCAGCGUCAUGCCUGAGGAGCCUUACCUGCAGAGCCAGUGCGACUGCUGCAGCUACAGCCUGGACCCCGAGAACCCCGUGCGGGUCCUGCACCUGCGCUGUCCCGACGGCCACGCGGAGCCCGUGGUGCUGCCGGCCAUCCGCAGCUGCCAGUGCAGCGCCUGCCAGGGAGGUGAUUUCUCAAAGCACUGACGGUCCCGCUGGAUGAGGCUGCCCAGCCACCACCCCUCGUGCGAUCACCGGGCCCAGGGGCACCGACCCCCUCCUCCCGUGCCCACCCAUCCACUCCAUGCCCUGGUACCAGCAUAUCCCAAAUAAAGUGACAUCAGCAGC